CGCGUCAGUGGAACGUCUUCGUUUAGAUUCCAGGUCCUAUCAGUAAAGCGGAAAGCAGCCGCCCUAAGCCACGGAGCGUUGUACCGAGACUCGGUGGCGGCCCCUGCACCGCUCCCGGGGGGCGUCGCCUCCUGUAGGCCGCUGAGGGUGGGCGGGGCAGCAAAUGGUUGGGCCGGAGGAUGCCGGACAAGGUGCGGUGUAUCGCUGCGGAGAGGAGCGGCAUGGACUGACAGACGGGGCAGACGAGGGAGAGGGAGACGCUGGGGACAGGCAGCCAGACGUUCUCCCGCUCUAUAUCAGCAGGCCGGUCGUGAAAAUGACCAAUGGGGACCUGAAAUACCUAGCCAAGGGAGGAGCAGGGGAAGGAGAGAUGCCCAGCGCUGAGGCAGCGGAUUUACAUUCCCUCCCCAUCCAUAAGGAGGAUGUGAACCAGCCCAAUGGAGGAUUACUAGUGGGCGACGCUACCAGAUCCCAGGGAUGUGCAUGUCACGGCCAGUGCUGCAGCCGGACUGAUGCUGUCUCUUCACCGGGGACUCCGCCAGGCAGCUCCCCCGCAUCCAGCUCCAGCUCAUCUCCUGUCAGCGCUCGCACCGUAGCCGGUUACUUUGUAUCGGAGGAGGCUGAUCGCUUCCGCUUCCUGGACGUGAGUCGCCAGAGCUCUAGCAAUACGUUUGAGGGGAGCCGGCGGCAGAGCGCCCCCGAUAAUCUGGUUGAUGGACUGUCUCUCCCAGCGGAGAGCCCGGGGACUGCGGAGCAGGAUGGGGAGAGACCGUGGAAGAUCGGAAUUGCCGAAUUCUUCUCUAGGAAUUUUUUUUCUAAAAGAACAAAAGACCUUAAAUCCUCAUCGAGUGUACCUGGUUGGAAGUUGUUUGGUAAAGUACCUCCAAGAGAAACUAUUCAGAAGGACUCAAAGAUAAUUCAGCAGGAUGACAGUUCUGGCAGCUUAUCGUCAGUCUCCACGCCAAAUCUAUUAAACACAGGGGAAUAUGAAGCUCGUUCUGGAAGAACCUGUAAGGCACAAUCUCAGUCUACCAGGAGGAAGAAGUUUGAAUUUGAACCCCUUUCUACCACUGCUCUUAUUUUGGAAGACCGGCCCUCAAAUCUUCCUGCUAAAUCAGUCCAUGAAACCUUGCGACACCGGCAAGAAUAUGACGAGAUGGUAGCAGAAGCAAAAAAACGGGAGGUAAAAGAGGCACAGAGGAGGAAGAAACGAAUGAAAGAACGAAUCCGGCAAGAAGAAAAUAUUGCAAGUGCCAUGGUGAUUUGGAACACUGAAAUUCUACCGAACUGGGAUGUCACGAGAAAUACAAGAAGAGUGAGAGAUCUCUGGUGGCAAGGCUUACCACCUAGCGUACGAGGGAAAGUAUGGAGCCUUGCCAUAGGAAAUGAACUCAAUAUCACUCCCGAACUCUAUGAAAUCUUUCUUUCAAGAGCAAAAGAGCGAUGGAAAAGUUUCAGUGAGACAAGCUCAGAGAAUGAAAAUGAAGAUUCUGGAGUGUCACUUGCCGACAGAGAAGCCAGUCUGGAGCUAAUUAAACUGGACAUAUCCCGAACAUUCCCUUCACUGUACAUCUUUCAAAAGGGUGGGCCUUACCAUGACUUGCUGCACAGUAUAUUGGGUGCAUACACGUGCUAUAGACCCGAUGUUGGCUAUGUCCAGGGCAUGUCUUUCAUUGCAGCAGUACUUAUUCUCAACUUAGAAGAAGCGGAUGCAUUUAUAGCUUUUGCCAAUCUUCUAAACAAGCCGUGCCAGCUGGCCUUCUUCCGGGUGGAUCAUAGCAUGAUGCUAAAAUAUUUUGCUGCCUUUGAAGUAUUCUUUGAGGAAAAUCUCCCCAAACUCUUCUUCCACUUCAAUGCCUACAGUCUAACUCCAGACCUGUACCUUAUAGACUGGAUUUUCACACUGUACAGCAAGUCACUGCCACUUGAUCUUGCCUGUCGAGUCUGGGACGUCUUCUGCAGAGACGGAGAAGAGUUUUUGUUUCGGACGGCUCUGGGUAUCCUCCGACUGUAUGAAGAUAUACUCUUACAGAUGGACUUCAUUCACAUAGCACAGUUUCUUACUAAACUCCCUGAAGAUAUCAUAUCAGAAAAGCUGUUUGGCUGUAUAGCGGCUAUUCAGAUGCAAAACAGUAAUAAGAAAUGGACUCAGGUCUUCACAUCACUAAUGAAGGAUUACAAAGAGGGAGACAAAACUAAUCAAGCCCUGAAAACCUAAUCAGAGCUCCCUCUUUACUCUGUGAAACCACUGAAGUAUGACGUGUAUCUUCUGGCUGAAAACCACUACAGACCAACAUGAUGUGAGAAGUGCAGGGCACUGUAUAUUGACUUCAUGCAGUGGGACACACACAGACUUUCCUUUUUGUCAGUAUUAAGUAGACAGUAAGACAUGUUAUUGGCUGCAUUCUGUUCCGACAGACACGUUUUUGCACCCGAUGGAUCUUAUUUAAUAUAAGAAAUAUUUAAUGCAAUAAACAUUUGUAACAGACCUUUUAAUUGGUACACUAACUUUGGACUAAGGUUUGAAGCGCAUCAUUUUUAAACUUGUAUUUGCACUUCCCACCCACCAAAUUUUAGUUAUUUUUAAUAAAAUGAAUAUAAUCGGGACCAAUCAAAUACAGUCCCAACUAUACUAUAUAUAUUUUUAAUAUUACUCUUUGCACCAAUCAGGCAGUUUCACAUCUUAGCAUGCACAUAAUGACGGAACUGCAGUGUAAAAUGUUAACUAAAUGAAAAGCCAGUAAACAUAGGGAGUCUGAGGAGAGAAAGUAGCUGCUUACCACUGUGAAUCCACUGGCUCAUUUCUCUUUUCCAGGAGGUGCAUUUACUCCCCUUCAAGGACUCCUCUAGUAGGUAAUUGGCGCUUAGUGGAGAACUUUUUUGUAUGCUUUGAGGGGCCAUGCAGUUUGUGAAUGAUCUGUAAAGUGCAAGAGUGAAGGACACAAAUGUAUUAUAAGAAUGUGUAUUUACAAGAAGACGCUAUGAUUGUCGGGAAGGCAGAUGACUACAAAUUGGUACACUGCAAAAUGUUAUUGACAUUCCGUUCUAAACACUGACCUCUUUGUUUGAUAAUGUGACUUGGCUUACUUUAUAUCACUUUGUCUGGAACUGAUGUGACACUAUAGGACUAUGUUACAGUGCAAGGGCAAAGUGCCAGGUGCAAAAUUUAUAGACAAACCACCAUGUUUUUUUUGUUUUUUCCCAGAAUUUCAUGGCUUUGUGUUUGUAAUUUAAUUGUGAGUAGCUUUAGGCUAAUGCCACACCAGGUGGAGAAAUGUGCAAUGACAGGCAUGGUGUCCGUAGAUUUUUGGGCAAAAAUGACCUACAUUUCUGUUUCUGAACUGAAAUCUGCUCUGUGAUCUGCAUUUAUACGGGGCAGGAGAAACAACCUGUUGUGACAUUAGCCUUAAGGAGGCCAUACACAGGUAGAUCCGCUCAUUUGGCAAUGUUGAUAAAUGAGCGGAUCUCUCCCUGAUAUGCCCACAUUGAGGUGGGCCAUAUCGGGCUGGUCCGAUCGUGGACCCUACGGCCCAACGAUCGGAUCAUAAUGCUGCCAAUACUGGAGGUCGGUUUGCGGCACUGCAUCUAUGAACAGAUGGAAUUUUUAACCCUGCCCGAUCGUCAUGUGGCCGACUUACGGCCAGAUAUCGAUUGGGGAAGCCAGUCGAAGGGCCACACGCAUGGGCCGAUAAAAGCUGAUGACAGACCGAGUGAGCAGCUUAUCGGCUCGUGUAUGGCCAGCUUUAUAAACAAGCUGGGAGCUUCCUACAGUCAGGCCUUGCAGGGAUGCGAGGUGUUAAAAGAGUAAAUUAAGGGGAAAAUUAAGAUUCUAUUCACUACAACCCCCCCCCCCCCCAGUAAACUCCUAUAUAUUCAAGCAUUUUACUAACUAGAAAUUUAGUAGAUUUAUCAAACAUAGAACAAAAAACUUCCUUAAAGGUCAAUAGGGACGUGUAUCUUUAUUAUUAUUAUUUUUAUAUAGAGCUUAUUAAAACAGCCUGGAUUUUGCAGCUUCAUUGAAAAUUUAUGGAAUUUUUUCAUUUGCCGUCUACUCCCCCCUUCCCCCGCCCUCAUUAAAAGCGAUCGCUGUUAAACCCUUGGCAAUCACGGUGAAAAAAGUCGUACAAUUAUAACUGUAACAAUAUCUCUGCGGUAUUCCCUGCGGAAUAUUUCUAUGAAGUUUACUUUAGGCAUUUGUUAUUUUACGUUUAAACAUAAUAAAUUCUAAACAGAAACAGACAGAUGAGAAAUAAAAGCAUAAUUCUGACUCUGUUCAUAUAAAAGAAUAAGGGCAAUGACCAAUGGGGUAUUUUGCCUUAGUGACAAAAUCCCCGAAAAUUCCUUUCCAUUGCAAGAAUGGUGGGAAUGGCUGUGGCUAAGAAAUCGCAUAAUCAUACAAAGAAUAUGUAGGAAAGCAUUUUAGUAUAAUUAGGUGGUGUAUUACCAGCAUCAGUUCUUACUACCUGAAAUGCCCCCCAUCUUUUUUUGUCCUUUUAAGACAGAUCUGUAUUGAGAUGAGCUGCCGAGUUAAAGAACAAAAUCCAGAGGAAGAGAUACACACCAGCAGCCCCAAAUGGGCAUUAUUGUAAUUAAACUGAUACACAGACAUUUUAUAAAUUGGAGCCGUAGUUAUUAAUGACAUGGCACCCGCUUGUGCUUGGAAAUAAUUUCACGUUCCACAUUUUUACUGCUUAGUAACAGUUGCAAAUAAUAAACUAACGACCGGUUCAUUUACUUUGCAUCGUACUGGAGUCAUGGACCUUCAUUCUCCUAAACCAGGAAAACUAGGGAAAGAAUUGAAUUCUGAAUAUAUUAUCCCUUUUCUUGGAAAAGAAUUGUCCGAAUCCUUUCUCCCGCAUACCAGGAGCAAGGAUUUUGGGCACGCAAUCAUUUGAAAACAUGGGGGAAAUCUAAAACUACUGGGAAUCUUUUGGUAUCACACAAAAUUGACAAACAAACCUGUUACGUGGAGGCCCAUUUAUCAAAAUUCAAAUUUGUGUAGUUUUAGUGGGUUUUCAAACCAAAAAUAAACUAAUUUUCUCUAAAACCACCAAUGCCAUUAAAGGGGGUGGUUCACCUUUCAGUUAAUUUUUGGUAUGUUAAAGAAUGGCCAAUUCUAAGCAAUUUUCAAUUGGUUUUCAUUAUUUAUUUUUUAGUGUUUUUAAAUGCUUUGCCUUUUUCUUCUGAUUCUUUCCACCUUUCAAAUGGGGUCAUUGACCCAAUGUAAAAACAAAUGCUCUGUAAAGGCUACACAUGUAUAGUGAUUUAUACUUUCUAUGAAUCAUCUUCCUAUUCAGGCCUCUCCUAUUCAUAUUCCUGUCUCUUAUUCAAAUCAGUGCCUGGUUGGUAGGGUUAGUGGGACCCUAACUGACUCAGAAUAUCACUCUCUACAUCAUACUAAAAGAUAAUUUAAAGAUGAACAGCCCCUUUAAUAGGAAAAGCAUGAAUAAAAGAAACGUUGUGUGGUCUGGAAAAAAAAUACUAAAACCUCUACAAUUAAAAUUGAUACAAUCAGAUCAGAGCAGCUCCGAUUAACUUCUAUAGGGACUUCCAUUGCUUUUACUAGUUGGAAGUUUUGUACACUUGCUUUGUUUUUACACUUCAUAAAUCUCACAUUUUUAGAGAUUGAGAGAAUUUUUAAAACCCCGACAUUUUUAGAGAAAAAAAAAUUUGAUUUGUGAAAAAAAAUUGAAAUUCGAACGUUCGUAAAUAGGCCCAUAAGUGUGAUUUGUUCUGUACAACUUUAUUUGCUUUAUUGUGCAGUGUGUUACUCUGUGUAGGACUUCUUGUUGUGUGUUGCCUGUUACCCCAGUAACACAGAACUGAAAAUUGCGAUUCUGUCCUGUCAAUGUUUCAAAAAACACUAAACCAAACUAUUCAUUUUACUUUAAAAGCUUUACAGUUUUGAAAAAAAAAAUGUAACCAGGUAUUUUCAAAGCAACAUGUUGGGAGGGUGGGGGAAACAAACUUUUUAUGAUGUGCAAUACUGAAACUUCAGGCAUGUUUUAUAUCGGGACACAGUGAACCCCCCUUUAAUACUUAGGGGUCCUGCGUUGACUCCAAAUCUCACUGUUCACACUCAUUGUAGGUUGGAAAAUGCAGUUUUUGUUGUUUUCUACAAGAAAACCGAUCAUUUGUCCUUUAACUGAAUUAACAAUCUACUAAUGUUUUCUUUCUAAACUGAACAGAGUUUUGAUAUAACUUUGUGUAAGUACACUGCUUAUUUGUGCUUUUGUUGUCGCUUCUCACACUUGUGUAUCUCAGAACUUGUACAGCUGCUUCUGACCAGUCAUCAUGUACACAACUUAUUUUCUCCAUUUCUAUUGCCCUUUCACGCCUUUUUAAAUGCAGACGUGAAAGCUCAUUGCAUAUAAUUUGUGUUUCUUUAAUGUUAUAUUUCUAAUUUUUGUGGCUCUUGUACAGUUUUCUUACUUUUCAACUAUAAACUUGUAUAGAGAGAAUGUAAAUAAAAGACCUGAGCGUCCUUUGAAACCACUAGACGAACAAUUCCUAUGUAAAUAAAACUUGGAAGCUGAAACAUUA